AUCGAGUUUAUAUAAAACCUCUGCAUCUUCACCGCUCCCCCUUCUAGCUUUAGUCAUAGGCACUCUACUAUCGGACCUCUGGGUUCUAAUCACCAUGGCAACCAUCACCUCCCUGCGUUCCAUCUGCUGCAUUGUCAGAGCCCAUGCUCGGGCAUUCCACGCUACACCCAGCCGGUGAGUAGCCACAGGUCCACUUACCGCCUCCUCUUUUGCUCGCUAAGGGCUGGCUGCCUGCCUGUGCCUGAUGGGAAGGACCAGACGUCUAGCGUCUGCCUGCUGUCUACAUUAUCCAUUUUAUAUAGUUUAAUCGUGUGUUAUUAGAUUAAUCAUGUAUUUAAUACCCUAUUUCCUCAAUCCCAUUAAUCCUGCCUACUGCGGGUGGUGGUAAAACAGUGCUCUGGACCAGUUAUUAUAGAUUUUUCUUGCUUCUGUAAGCGUUACCCUUAUAAUAUAUACUCUAUAAUAUAUACUAUAAAUUAUAGGGGUAUACAGCCCAUAAUGAAGACUGUUUUUAGGAAAACGCGCCACCGUGGUCUGUAGUGCCGUACAAGAAUAGGCAGACAUGACAUACAAGGAAACACAGAUCUCAGCAAAAAGAAACUGGAGGUGACCUAUCCCCUUCCAAAAAUAACUUGUGAAUAAUCUCAGUUCUGUUCUUCACUUUCCCAUCAGUAUUUUCCAUUCUAAUUUAACCAGCAGAUCACAGCGUAAGGUAUAAUUCAAUGUACUGCGUUUUAGAGAAAACCCUUAAUUACACAGAGUUGAUUUAGGUAGUCUCAUGUUAUUUUUUAUUUUAUUUGUAACACAUAGUUAUUUCUAUGACAGCUUAAUGAAAUAUGUGAAGUUGGAUGUCAUCCUACGUAGUUGGCUUAUAUAAGUGCUGUGUGUGUGUGUGUGUUGUGUGUGUGUUGUGUGUGUAUACACGUUGUGCAGUGGCAUGAAAGGAGCAGUGGUGGAUAGAGGAAGUGCAGAGUGGCUGAUGAAAUCACACUCACUGGUUGCAUCUAUGUGCCUUACCACUCCCCCUUCCUUCCUCAUGAAGGCUUGUUGUGAUCUACCCAUGACACAUUUUAUAGGGGGUUUACUCAAGUUUUCCCUCCACACAUGCCUGUCAAGUGGCCCAUAUAGUAAUUCCUUUAUGGCUUUGCUGUGUAUUGUAGGCGGAUACAAACUACGCAUUUACUUCAGUUUUAAUAACCCCAAAUUGAUCUGCUGAACUCUGAACAUAUUUUUCAAACUUUAUUAUCCACAAUCAUAGUCAUUUUUUUUUACUUUAUAUAAAAAAAUUGUAAUAAAUGUAAAAUUUACCUCAAGUCUAAUUUGUGCUAAUUGUUUUAGACAGUCUUUUUGAGGUGACUUUAUCACCCUUGUUACAUUUAUUUGCUGCCUAUAGGUAUAGAUGCCAGAAAACAUUAAAGAGACACUGUAGGCUCUGAAACGGUUUUAUCUUAUUGAAGCAGUUAAAGGACCACUCUAGGCACCCAGACCACUUCAGCUUAAUUAAGUGGUCUGGGUGCCAGGUCCAGCUAGGGUUAACCCAUUUUUUCAUAAACAUAGCAGUUUCAGAGAAACUGCUAUGUUUAUGAAUGGGUUAAGCCUUUUUCUAGUGCAUUGACAGCCACUAGAGCGCUUUUCUCACUGUGAUUUCACAGUGAGAGCACGCGUCAUAGGAAAGCAUUAUGCUUUCUAGACCGCUGAAUGCUGCAGCUUUUGCCGCGCAUUCAGCCAACGGGGAGGAGAAGAGGAGGAUCGGAGGAGGAGAGCUCUCCGCCCAGCGCUGGAAAAAGGUAAGUUUUAACCCCUUUCCCCCUUCCAGAGCCGGGCGGGAGGGGGUCCCUGAGGGUGGGGGCAUCCUCAGGGCACUAUAGUGCCAGGAAAACGAGUAUGUUUUCCUGGCACUAUAGUGGUCCUUUAAUGUCUGGAGUACACUGGUGCUUACUCUCCAUUCAGUCUUAAACCAUUUUUACAGAGUUAUUGACUAAAAUGAGAAUUCUAAGGUAAUUAAAAGUAAAUUUCAAAAUUAAAAAGUAACUGUCAUGGUACUUUUCAUGUUGCAUAAUAGCUAGACAAUGUAAAGAUUUUGCAAUAAAUUGCAAUGAAAUAGUGGUUCAACUGUCAGUUAAUGCCAAUGUAUGUCUGCAAGGAAACACGCCGUCAGGCUGAUUUCUGCUCAGACUCUAGCUCUACAGCGCUCAUGCCACCCCCACACACAAACCAGCAACUUCAAUUGGAAAGGAGAAAGGUGGUUUUAACACUAUAGGGUCAGGAACACAAACCUGUAUUCCUGGUCCUAUAGUGUUAAAACCACCAUUUAGCGUUCCUUACCCCCAUAAAUAUAGUAAAAACUUACUUUUGUUAAAGUCUGCAGCUGUUGGCUGUGCCCCUCAUCUGCCUGCUUCGCUGACAUUAUCAGAAGUGAUUCUCUGAGCCAAUCACAAUGCUUUCCCAUAAGAUUGGCUGAGACUGUCAGGGAGGCAGAUCAGGGGCAGAGCCAGCACAAGCCAAACAUAGCCCUCCUUAGCAUCUCCUCAUAGAUACAUUAAAUCAAUGCAUCUCUAUGAGGGAAGUUCAGUGCCUGGAUGCAGAGAGUUGAGACAUUGAAUGCCAGUGCUGCUUACUGUGCAGCACUGCCCCCUGAAGCACCUCUACUAGCCAUCUGAGGAGUGGCCAGUGUAGGUAUCCCUAGGCUGUAUUGUAAACAUUGAAUUUUCUCUGAGUAAAACAGUGUUUACAGCAAAAAGCCUGAAGGGAAUGAUUCUACUCACCAGAACAAAUACAAUAAGCUGUAGUUGUUCUGGUCACUAUAGUGUCCCUUUAAAGGAGCAUUAUAAUGUUAAGAGUACAUGUUUGUAUACAGUUCUCUAGUACCUACAUUUCCAAUCCUACCAAUAAAAUAAAAAAAAAGUAUAACAUACCUUAUUUCCCCUGGCGUGUGCCUUUCUCCAUGCAGUCUCCCCAUGUAUAAGCAUCAGGAGGCUAGUGUGCAUAUAAGACAAAUUGCCGCACUGUGCCAGUCAGCAUAUCAUCAUACAGAUGCACUGAGUCCGUGCAUCUCUAUGGGGAGUGUUAAGCAUUUCCAUGCUGAGACGCUGAACAAAAGCCCCCAACAGUGACUCCUCCGGGGGUUGCAGAGCAAGGUGAAUUUUAUGCACAUGAAUGUCCCUUGAAACCAGCACCAUAGUCUUUUUGCUGGUUUGCUUCAGCUCCGGCCCUUUAUGUGCGAGGAAGCCAUUGUCAUUAUUGUAGUUUCAUACAUGCGUUCAAGUACAACACUGAGGUCUAUGGAAGAUCCUGUGAGACCGUAGGAUCCUCCAUAGACCAUGUCUGUUUCCUUGCAGCCGUUGACAGAGUAAGAGGUAAGACCUAGAGCAAAUGCAUUUUGUGUACUGACUGAAAUUAAGAAAGGUGCCAAAUAAACAUUUAUUUUUUUCGGAAUGUGUUGGGAAUCUCUCAGACUGGGAUGUGUGGUGGGGGGCUGCAGAAAUAAAGUAGCUUAACACCUAAAUGACCGACAACAGAGAAGUGAGAAUGCAGGGGCAUGGUUAAGCUAAAUUGGUUUUGUGAAAUCUGUUUGUUUGGGUUGACAGACAAAAGUUGAGGACAUGUGGGAAGGACUGGGCAAAUGUUGGCAUCUAAGGGUGUUGGUGUAAGCAAAAGGUAUUGUAUUAUGGGGAAUGGGGAUCAAAGAAUAUGUAUGAUUUAUUGAGGCUGAGUGCAGGGAACAGAUGGUGAAGCAGGAUGUGAGGAUGAGAACUAGUGUUGCCAAUGGCAGCUAAAGUAAAGUUUAAGCUACCGUGAUCUUCAUCAGUCAGUGGAGAGGUUCAAGAGAGAACUGGAAUAUAUUAUCCUUAUACUAAAUACAGUGACAAAUCUGUGUAAACCAGCAGGCCUUUCCAUUAAUCUACAAAUCAGGUGGCAAUCUGGUUAGUGUUUUGUUCUACACAAAGGAUAAGGGGGUAAUUGAGUAGCAUAACCAGACAAAGGUAAACAAAAGUAGCCUAUACACAACAGAAAAUUACAGAAAGUUCAGAGUAAGGUAUUUCAUUACAGGCUAUUCAUCUGGUCACAUUUUACAAUGUUUGCUGAGGUUAUUUGUUAAAUCACUUAUUUUUUUUCUCUUUUUUUAAACCGAAGUUGUUAAUCAUUAGUUUCCACGUGCCUUAAUCGCAAAAUAAUAUUGAUACCUUGCCUAAACAGCAUGAUUUGAUAUAAUAUGCCAGUACUAUGUUGUCUCGUCAGAAGACCCACAUUUCCCGAGAUAUUGUCUUGCUGUUUUCUAACCUGUGUAUUACAGUGGAACUUAUUUGAGGAAGCUAUGAACAUUCAGAAUCUGCUCAGACUGUGGCCAAAAUAUUUGAAAAAAAAUAACAUUCAAUUAAAUAUCAGGUAUUUUACAAAUGAAAUGAAUAAAAUACAUUGUGAAAUUUAAAGGGACAUUAUAGGCACCCAGACCACUUCAGCUCAUUGAAGUGGUCUGGAUGCAGUGUCCCAGGUCCCUUAACUCUGCAAAGCUAAUUACUGCAGUUUUUUUUGUGUACUGCAAUAGUUAGCUUUGACGAUUACUCCACCUUUAGUGGCUGUCUAUCAGACAGCCACUAAAGGUACUUCCGGGCUGUUAGGCGACUUUUGGUUGCCUAACUGACUCUCGGUGUCCUCAUGCUAUGCAGUGGAGGAGAGCAGGUGGACCCGAACCAGUGCAGAGGGACUAAAGCGCUGGACCUGGGUAAGUGACAGAAGGUUUUUUUAAUCCAUUCUGCAUCACUGGGAGGGUGCCUUGACAAAGGGGGAAGCUAUAGUGCCAGGAAAACUUUUUUUUUAUUUUUUAUUUCCUGGCACUAAAGUUUAUCUUUAAUUCUCCUCUACUUGUAUGCUCAUAGGUUAAAAAACAGACUGUUUAUUUAGUUAACCACUUCACACCACAUGCAUCCACAGGAAUGAUGUAUACAUGAGGUUUAACACUCAAAUGACUUUUGUUUGCAAAGUCUGUCCUUAGUAGGACGGCCACUAUGUCACUGGCAAUAUAAAGACUGCCAGGGAUGUUGCAUGCUGAGCUGCUGUGGGGAGAACAGGGAGGGAAGGAUUCAGAGGCUGGGCUUGAGCAUCAGCAGAAGCAGAUGGAGAAGAGCAGCAAUUAAAGUCAAAGCAAGGAGUCAGGUAAGUAUUUACUUGCAAGUUUGGAGGGGGCGGGGGGGUUUCAAGAAGUCAUGUAAAAGGGUGGGGGGCAUAAAACAUAUAUGAGUUUGGACACGGUAAGUAUGUGUGUCCCUGUGUGUCAGUGUUUUUGCAUGUAUCAGUGUCCAAAGAUGGAACUUGUCAGCAAUAUGCCCAAGGUAUGCAAUAUACUCUGGGCACAUAUAUAUCUAUCUCUACACACACAUAGUGUGGGAAUAAUCUCAGUAAAUGUUUUCUUUACAGUGCUGUUUUCAAAUAUGUAGCUUGAAUUUUUAUUUUUUAUUCCAUUAAAUAAUGUGUGACCUAUGAAACUACCGUAUAUAUUAGAGUAUAAGUCGGCCCGAAUAUAAGCCGAGGCCCCUAAUUUUAGCACAAAAAAAUGGGAAAACUUAUUGACUCGAGUAUAAGCCUAGGGUGGGAAAUGCAGCAGCUACUGGUAAAUUUUUAAAUAAAAUUACAUCCCCAAAAAAUUAUAUGAAUUGAAUAUUUAUUUACAGUGUGUGUGUAUAUAAUGAAUGCAGAGUUUGUGUGUGUGUGUGUGUGUGUGUGUAUAUAAUGAAUGUAGAGUGUGUGUGUGUGUGUGUGUGUGUGUAUAUAAUGAAUGUAGUGUGUGUGUGUGUGUAUAUAAUGAAUGCAGAAUGUGUGUUUGUGUGAAUGCUAUGUGUGUGUAUAUAAUGAAUGCAGUAGGUAUAUAUAAUGCAGAGUGUGUUCAUUAUAUAUACACAUUAUAUAUACACACACACACUCUGUGUGUGUAUAUAAUGCAGAGUGUGUAAAUUGGGUGGGGGGAGGGCAUUUUUAUUAUUUUAAAUUUUUAAAAAUAUUUUUUAAAUAUUUAUUUAUUUAUUUUUACCUUCUCCCCCCACCCCCUCUCCCUGCUUGUUGCCUGGCCAGGAAGGGGGGGCUAUAACAUUCCCUGGUGAUCCAGUGGGGGGCCGGAGCGAGCUAUUGCUUACCUUUACAGUCGCUCCGUGCAGCUCCCCCGUUCAGCUCACAGUGUAAGUCUCGCGGUCUGCGUGCCGCGUGGAACGUUGCCACGGUAACCCGUGGCAACGCUCUGACGGCCGCGCGUCUCGUGAGACUUACACUGUGAGCUGAACGGGGGAGCUGCGCAGAGCGGCUGUAAAGGUAAGUAACAGCUCACUCCAGCCCCCAACAGGACCGCCGGCUGUCCUGGUCUGUAUUAUGGCAAUGUAAGUUGCCAUAAUACAGACCGUGACUAGAGUAUAAGCCGAGGGGGGCCUUUUCAGCAUAACAAAAUGUGCCGAACAAUUCUGCUUAUACUAGAGUAUAUACGGUAAAUUACAUACGGAAUUUAAAAAUACAUUUAAACUUCACUUUAGGACAUUCAGAGUACUUGGAUUCCUGGAUUGGGUAUGUUUAUUUUUUUGGCAAGCUGCUUGGUAGUGAAAGGGUUAAAGGGAUUCUAUAGUGUAAGGAAUACAUUAUAGUGCCAUUUUUUUCCCUCUUUCUGCUGGUGCAUAGGAUAGGGGGUAUUGUCUGUGGUGUUCCAGGUCUAGUGAAGGAAUUGGGUAUUGUAUGUUUAAUAAGCUUAUAACGUGCUUAGGACUAUAGGUUUAACGUCCUUACUAACACAGAGAACUUUAUAACUUUCCGUCGAGUGCCUAAACAGUCAUAUCCCCAAUUCCGGCUGUUUGAUUACCCAAGCUCUUAGUGGAUUUGACAGCCUUCUGAGUUAUGUUUAGGUUUGAUUCAUUCUGAAUGACUCAGUAAACCUGUCUUUUUAAAGGUGUUUAGUAUGGAAUAAAAUAGUGCACAUUCAUACUGACCAGUAUUAUUGGGGCAGUGGCAGCCACUCCUUGACUGCAAUGCUGGUGGUUACCACUCUGCAGUGAGCUGUACGUGACACUGCAUGUGUCUUUAUAAUAGAGCUAUGUCACUUUACUUCACUUUGACUUAAACCCAAGCCACCUGUGUGAAAACUCCUUACAGUAGUGCCAAAUAAAUGUACAGUGGUUUGCUCUUUUAGUGCAUUUUACAGACUUUACGUUCACUGUUUCAGACAUGGAGUAUUUUGUUUUUCUCUCUUUAUAUUUCAUGCGAUAAUAGUGUACGGUAGCUUUAAAAUGGUCUUAUUCUUUCUAAUAUCACAAGGUCCCCAGUGGUGACCCUCUUCAGUGACAGUCAUGUCAGUUUGGGUUUUUACUUCCAGUUUAAUAUUGGAUUCAAAAACUUUGCCAAAUAAUCUAAUACAUCUUGCAGCCAUUUCAAUUAACAUAUCAACAAAUCUACAUCUUUAAGUUUUUAAGCCCUUUAAUGUUUGGUCCCCCCCCCACCUGUUGAUCAGUUCUUGGCAUUAGACCUUGGCAUAUACAGGCCUAAGACUGAGUGACAGGGAGAGAAUGAGAACCCUUCCAAAGGUGGUUCAACUGCUCUCUGCUACUCCACCAGUAAGUUUCUCGCACAUCGAGGGCAACUCAUCCCAAUGUACUGGCUGUAAGCCAGCAAGUUGUUGUCAUCAGGAAAGGUUUGCUCUGCUUGUCGUGAGUCCCCAUGCUGGGCUAGUGACAGCAGAGUGAGACAGUAGUAGAAGGUGGGUUUUACAACAGCAGAAUACCCACAGACAUUGAAGAAUGGUAACUUCCAAAGCAUAGAAAUACCAGUUAAAGUCUCAAAAAUGAACUGCCUUGGGAGCUGUCAUGUGUUGGUGAACAUGUCAUGAAAGGAACACUUAACAAAAUGGGUAACUGGCUAUGUAUAUAACACUACAUUGUCGGGAAACUUAAUAAAAAAAGUAAUUUCUGCAGGAUCAUACAUGGUCAUUCACACUCGAGCAUUUGCACUCAGGCGCUAUGAGCUCCACCGACUAAUAUUUACUGUAAAUUACUGUAUUGGAUCCUGGUUCUGGAAACUGCUAACCUUGGUUGUAUAAUUCCUCUGGGUCUGGUUUUAAAAUGUUUGUUUAGUAGAAUGUGUUUGCAUUUGUUAUCUUUCUGCUACUGUCCAAAUUAUCUUUGGAAGGCCAGUGGGUUUGUUAUAUAACAUCUAUUGAUUGUGUGCUGGGCAAAAAACCCAGUGUCAUUGGAGCAGGGGAGUUCUUGGAGUUCACUCAGUCUGCCAUUUAGAGUUAUGUAAGAAUGACAAGAUUGAUUUUUACCAUCUGUCUUGUAAUUGGAUAUAAAUGUGCAUUGUGGAAGAGGGACUUGGUAAUUAGCGAACACUCACAUGUUUAGAGUGGAUGAUUGAAAGCCUGUGUGGCAUGUUAUUGACUUCUCAAGGUUUGCAAAAAAGCUAAAUAAGAAUUUAACAAUAUUUCAAUUAUUGUCAGAAUUUUUUCAAGAAGUUUAUAAAGAAACACUUUUCAAUGCCACGAGGACAUCAAAUUAUAGUUUUGUUUAGAUUGGGCAAAUUAUUUUGUAUAUUUUUGACAUAUAAACUUUGUACAGUAGUUCAAAUUUGUUGGCUACCUAAUUUAAGUAUGCCAUAUAAACUGUUAGGUCUAGUAACAUGCAGCAGUCACACUGGCAGCUCAGUCUAUUAUUAGUUUGUGCCUUCGAUAAGCAUUCCCAUACCUAGAAUGGGCUGGUGGAGAGGAGUUCAGAAUGCUGAGUGGACAUUUGAUAACUGUCAUAUCUUAUACUGAACUAAAUUUGUCUGUCUGAAAAUAGCAUGGUGAAAAAACAUCAAUAAAAUCCAUAUUUUCUUAUUUCUUGAAUGCAAUGCCACUGCAGAUACUAGCACUCUAUUUUCUACCUAGUUAUACAUUUCCUGGAUAGUUCUUGCCACAAACAUUUCUGAAAUCGCUUUGUGAAUUUCUUAACUCUUUUUGAAAAGGAAUGCCAUGAACUCAUUUGCCCCUACAGUGCAGUUAGUCCUCACCUCAUUCAUGACGACAAGUCUACCUUAAUUAGAAAUUGUUUUAGCAAAGUUUAAAUCUACAUAAUUUUUACAAAUAUUUUACAAAUAUGUUUAGCUCUUCUUCUUUGAGCCAAUAGAUGUUUGCUCUGUUCUCUCCAGUGCCAGUCUUUUAAUUUCAUACUUUAUGUAGGUGCUUCACCUUGAUAUAGCUGUGUUAUUAAGUUGACAGGUUAUCUGAUUACUUCCUUGUGUCUUGUCUGUGCAGGAAUGAAGCCGUUAUCAUAUCAGGAAGGAAGCUAGCCAGGCAGAUACGGAUGGAGGCUCGGCAUGAAGUUGAGCAGUGGGUGGCUGCCGGCAACAAAAGACCACACCUGAGUGUAGUUCUUGUUGGAGACAAUCCUGCCAGUCAUUCCUAUGUUCUGAACAAGACCAAAGCUGCUGCCGAUGUGGGUAUGUAUACAGUUUUCUGUAUAUUAGCGGCUGUUUACAAUAGUUUUCUGGGGCUGUGAUAUGUAAAAAAAAAAAAGUCUUUAAACACAUCAUUGGCCAUUCUGUUAUUUUAGUUCACACUUUGAUUUCUUUAAGGAUCACCUACAGCAGAGGUGUUGGACUGCAAUAUUCCCCAGGAUAUUAUUGAAGUGCUAUUGCUGUCAGAGUUCAGGUGUAGUCCAGUUAUUGAAUAGUGCAGAGUCUGAACCAUGCAUCUGGUUUGUGUCAAACAGUUUUUGAGACUUUUUACAAGGCUGCGUUCUCACAGCUCCUCUUUUGAAGCUUGGGCUUUGAAGAUGGACAUUUCUGAAUUUACCUGUCCAACUUUGGGCAGCAAUGGAAGACUGAGAGUCCUGACACAGUGUGAAGCCAUGGCAUCAUAUGAUUUAAAAUAUAACAUACACCAGUUUAUUCUCUGGGCCACACAGAAGAAAUGUUUUUCUCGUUGUGAAAUGAUUAAUGUUCCAGAGUUCCCCUUAUUAGAUUCACUUUUUGCUUUCAGGGAUCAGCAGUGAAACAAUCCUUAAACCAACCUCCAUCACAGAAGAGGAGAUGCUUGACCUGAUCAGCAAAUUAAACCAUGACGACAAGGUGGAUGGUCUUCUGGUCCAACUUCCCCUCCCAGGUAAUUCAUGCUGGCCUCUAUCUUGUGUAACGCCAGAUUAACAGCAAGGCAGUAGCAGAUCUGCCAGUUCAACGGUUGCACAUUUUUCAGGGUCCAUGUGUCUUUUAAGUGAAGCUGUAAUUUGAGUUUCUCCCCCCCAUAUUAAAAUCUUUAUAAAAGCUAUCCAUGUCUGAAUUUAGAUUUGAAUUGAGACAUUUGUGUAAGUGUUAGGUAGGAUAUAUAUAUAUAUAUAUAUAUAUAUUCUUACCCCUCCUGGGUGGUAUGUUUAUUCCUGAUUCUCGGGUCCUCUACGAGAGGCCUGGGAGUUUGAGGGUUCUGCGCAUUUUCUUAGCUGUUCCUAGAACUGCACUCUUCUGGACAGCGAUUUCAGAUGUCCCACUUGGAAUCUGUUGAAGCAAAGAUGACGUCUUUUCUUGACAAUGUGUAAUAUUCUAAUUCCAGUAAGCUAUGAGCACCAUUGUUGCACAAGUUAAAAUCACACAACGCUUGUGGUUUGCAUUAGUCACAAACACACCCUAGUCUCUAGUUAAUAUGUAAAAAUAGCGUUUCUAUUCUAGACUUUUGAUUUCAUUGUAGUACAUAUCAAAAUAGAAACCAGUCCAGGAGGUAACCUUAGUAAAUGAACUACUCUAUAGAUUUCAUCUUGCAUAAGCACAUGUUGAUGUGGAGCUGGGUAACUUCAGUGGAGAUGUCCUCUGUUCUUUGCACAAGUGUUAAUCCAUAGUUACAUAGAUUAUGAAAAAAACAUGGUGGCCCUCUAGAGUCAAUGCUUUCUAUUGUUUUGGCAGAGUUUACAGUGCUCUACUAUGUACAAUUCAGAUUUUUUUUCAAGCUGCCCAUUCAGAUUACUCACUAGAACCUUGCCAUAUACUUGUUUAUUGGUAACUGGUCAACCUGGAAACAUAUACUAUUUGGUGUGUACUCUUAGAAGCUGACUUUGUCCUCACUCGAGUGAUUUCAUUAACCCCUUAAGGACGGUGAGAGUCCCCAUGCUGCUGACCCGGCCCUCCUGGGGGCCAUGUGAUCGCGAGGACCUCACGAUCACAUGGACGGAAUAGCCGUCCAUUGCAGUGCCAGCAGGGGGAGUGCCUGGAAAAUCUCUCUCUCUCUCUCUCUCUCUCUCUCCCUUUCCCUUUCCCUUUCCCUUGUAUUUUUAAACGUAUUUACAUAUUUAUUUUAUAUUAUAUCAUUCUCCAUGUAUUUUGGUAUAUAUAUUGAGAGAUAUAUAUAUAUUUUUUCCUCUGGCUAUCUAUGUAAUUCAAAGAAUCAUGGGAGUUGUAGUUCAGCAACAUCUUGCGGGCUGGAGUUUGAGGACCCAUGCCUUAAGGGGUUAAUGAAUUGAGGUUAUUCCCAUUCAAACAUUUGCACACGGAGCCAUGGGAGGCCUAACUGAUAAUGUUUACGUUGCCAGCUGUAUUAGAUUAUGGUUCUGAAAGAUACUAACCCUGGAUUAUAUAUUGCUAUAUCUUUUUUGUCUGUCUUUACAUAACCGAAUGUUUGCAUUUGUUAUCUUUCUGCCCUUGUGUUUAGGAGGCAAAAAUAUAUAUCUUGUACUUUGAAUAACAUAUUGUAUGCUAUAGAAGUUGGAUUUAUUAAUACUCUAUCUAAAAUAAUGCAGACUUAUCUGCAUAGGCUGAAAGUCUGUUUGAAAUGUGGAUGGCCCUUACACUUGUGCAUAAAUUGAAAGAAUUUGAGUUUACAAUGUUUACUUUUUAUUUACAUAAAUUGUUUCAAUUAAUAUUGUUUUCCUUACAUAGAUUGAAAAGACAGCUGAAUACCUUAAGCUUUACAGUUGUUAAAGAAAAUCUCUUAUCUUACUGAUUUCCCAUGCUUACUGUCAAAAUGUUAAUGGUGUUUUUAUUUAUUUAUUUAGAGCAUAUUGAUGAGAGAACAGUAUGUAAUGCCGUUAUCCCAGAUAAAGAUGUGGAUGGCUUCCAUGUAGUAAAUGUUGGCAAGAUGUGUCUGGACCAGUAUUCAAUGCUACCGGCUACCCCCUGGGGUGUAUGGGAGAUCAUAAAAAGAACUGGUAAGAACCAAGGCAUGGCAAUAUAUUCUUCCCUUAAAAUGAUAUCACCUGACUACAGGGAUAUCUGUGCAUUUCUGGAAAUGGCUGUAUAUUUCCAACUGAUUCUUGGAAUGGUAUAA